GAAACCUUAAGCCUGUACUUAAGCAACCUCCUAUAUUGCUUCUGAUUCAACCAUUACAUAACGAAAUACACCUCCGAAGUACGUUCAACUGGAAUAAACAACCAUUUUCAACUUACUCCCAAGCUUUUUACGGUUUAAAAUCAAAAUCUUGCACAGAAAAUCAUAAUUUAGAUUUGUCAGAAGGUUCCGAUAGUGGAUCAAAAAAUAACGGUCAACAGGGAGAAGGUGGUGACAGUGGUGGUAAUCAAAAUAAUUCAAGCAAUAGUAACAACGCAGAUAAUCCUGGCAAUGGAAAUAAAGGUGAUGGAUCAGGAAAAGGUGGCGAUGGGUCAGGGGACAAUAAUUCUCCUCGAUCCCCAUUUGAGAAUAUCCAUAGAACUUUGCAUAUUCUGGAAACAACUUUACAAAGGCCUUCUAUACCAGAGGUAUAUCCACAAGUUUUGGCUCUUCCUAUUGCUCGGCGACCUCUUUUCCCCGGAUUUUACAAAGCUGUUGUGAUUAAAGAUCCGCAUGUCACAGCCGCUGUAAAGGAAUUAAUGAAACGUGGACAACCUUAUGUUGGUGCAUUUCUACUUAAAGAUGAAGAAUUAGAUGUAGAUACUAUCACAGAUAUUGCACAAGUGUAUAAAGUUGGUGUAUUUUCCCAAAUUACGAGUGUUUUUCCAGCUAACGGUGGUCAUGAUGAAAAUUCAUUGACCGCUGUCUUAUAUCCUCAUCGACGUAUUCGCAUCAAUGAACUUUUACCACCCUUACCAGCCAAUGCUUCUGAAGCUGAAAUAAUUUCCCAGCCAGUACAGCAAGCUUCUGAAACGAGCACUAAUAAAGAGCCUGAACCACAAUAUGCUACAUCUUUUCUUGAAGAUUAUAAUGUCUCACUAGUAAACGUUGAAAAUCUUAAUGAUGAGCAGUAUAAUAGAAAGAAUCAAGUAAUUCGAGCAAUAACAUCUGAAAUUGUAGCAGUAUUCAAAGAUAUAGCAACGUUGAACCCACUCUUCCGUGAUCAAAUUGCAAAUUUUUCCAUGUCACAGUCUGCUGGUAAUGUUUUUGAAGAGCCUGCAAAACUUGCCGAUUUUGCAGCUGCAGUUUCAACAGGAGAACCAAAUGAAUUACAAGAAGUCUUAGAAAGUUUAGUUAUUGAAGAGCGUUUACAAAAAGCUUUACUUGUCCUAAAAAAAGAAUUAGUUAAUGCUCAAUUACAAAGCAAAAUUAGUAAAGAAGUUGAAUCGAAAAUUGCAAAGCGACAAAGAGAAUAUUAUUUAAUGGAACAAUUAAAAGGAAUAAAAAAAGAAUUAGGGAUUGAAUCAGAUGGCAAAGACAAACUCAUUGAAAAGUUCAAAGAAAAGGCAGAUAAACUCGCCAUGCCUGACAAUGUUAAGAAAGUUUUUGACGAGGAAAUCAAUAAACUUGCUCAUUUAGAGCCCGCAGCUUCCGAAUUCAAUGUCACUCGUAACUAUUUAGAUUGGCUAACCCAAAUUCCAUGGGGCCAAAGUUCUCCGGAGAAUUACAAUAUUAAGCAUGCCAUGAAAGUGCUUGAUGAUGAUCAUUAUGGAUUACAAGAUGUAAAGGAUCGGAUAUUAGAAUUCAUCGCCGUUGGUAAACUAAGAGGCACUGUUGAAGGAAAAAUUUUGUGCUUCAUUGGACCUCCCGGUGUUGGUAAAACUUCUAUUGGAAAAUCCAUUGCUCGAGCUCUAUCGCGGCAGUUUUAUCGGUUUAGCGUCGGUGGUCUUACUGAUGUUGCUGAAAUCAAAGGACAUCGUCGAACGUAUGUUGGCGCUAUGCCUGGUAAAGUUGUCCAAGCCUUAAAAAAGGUACAGACCGAAAAUCCAUUGAUUUUAAUUGAUGAAGUUGACAAAAUUGGUCGUGGACAUCAAGGCGAUCCUUCUUCAGCGCUUUUGGAACUCCUCGAUCCAGAGCAAAAUUCAUCCUUUUUGGAUCAUUACAUGGAUGUACCGAUUAAUCUUUCUAAAGUGCUCUUUGUUUGCACUGCUAAUGUUGUAGAUACGAUACCUGUUCCAUUGUUAGAUCGUAUGGAAAUAAUCCAGUUAUCUGGAUAUGUUGCUGAUGAAAAAGUUGCUAUUGCUUCAAAAUAUCUUGUGCCAACUGCUAAAGAAAUGGCUGGCUUACAAAAUGCAGACGUUCAACUACAACAAGAUGCCAUUGAGACCUUAAUUAAGUCUUACUGUCGUGAAAGCGGUGUUCGCAAUUUAAAGAAACAUAUCGACAAAAUUUAUCGAAAAGCAGCUCUUAAAAUAGUACGAGAUAUUGGCGAUGAAGAAUUAGCAUCAGAAGAACUUGACCAUAUUGAAGCCGAAACUUCUGAGGAAACUAAAACUGAUGAU